AGCCCCUUUAUCACUCUCAUAUCCUCCAGUGUGUGUGUAUAUGUGUGUGUGCUGCUCACACAGACUCCCAGACAGCAGCAGCAGGUUGAUACACAUAAAGACUGUGAACGCUUCCUGGUGCAGAGCCCUUUUAGAGAACUUUGAGCAUUCCUCUCCGACAGCACAGUCUCCUCCUACACAGAGGAAAGAUGACGAUACCAGCUAGCCGUCUCCUGAUUGGCCUGAUGUGUCAUGUAACCUGCACGUGGGCCUUCGCUCGCCUGCCUGAGGAUGCAGAACAGCGGUCUGCCUUCUCAGUGGCACGCACCAGCAGCAUGGAGGGUGGACCAAAGAUGGUGGUGACCUUUGACAAGGAGUAUGUUAACAUCGGUGGGGACUUUGAUUCAAAGGCAGGCAUGUUCCGCUGCCGCAUCCCCGGAGCAUACUACUUCUCCUUCACAGUGGGGAAGUUCCCCCGUCGUGACCUGUCAGUCAUGCUAAUGAAGAACAGGAACGAGGUGCAGGCCAUUGUGUAUGAUGAGAAUGCAGGAGAGCAGCGUAAGGUGCAGAGCCAAAGCGCCAUGCUACAGCUGGACUUUGGUGACACAGUCUGGCUCCGCCUUCACGGUGACCCCCGCUAUGCCAUCUACAGCAACACUGGUCACUACACCACCUUUAACGGCUACCUAAUCUACCCUGACACCUACACCUUCCAAGACCCCAAGCACGAGGACCCAACUCCCAUGCAUGGAAACGAAGCGACUGCCAAUGACCACACCCUAACAGACCAGGAUGGGCUGGGAGAAAGGGACAACGUAGAGAAGAGAGAGGAGGUAGAGGAUGAAGAGGAGGACCAGAGGUCAGCCUUCUCUGUUGGCCGCACUCAGAGCAUCGUAGGGGUGGACCAGGGCUUCCCAGAGCACCGUCCUAUCGCCUUUGACACAGACUUUGUCAACAUUGGCGCUGACUUUAACGUCACUGAAGGUGUAUUCACCUGCCGUAUUCCAGGAGCCUACUUCUUCUCCUUCAAUGCUGGCAAGCUUCCCCACAAAACACUGUCAGUCAAGCUGAUGAAGAACCACCUGGAGGUGCAGGCCAUGAUCUACGAUGACAGUGACGCUGAGAAGGCUCUGCAGAGCCAGAGUCUGAUGCUGUCUCUGCGCCAUGGUGAUAUCGUCUGGCUUUAUAGCCACCAGCGCGAUGGCUUUGGAGCAUACAGCAACCAUGCCAAGUAUAUUACCUUCACUGGCUUCCUGGUCUAUCCAGAACUCCAAAAACCAGCCACCAAUCAGCAGCAACAGCAGAGCCGGAAGCCAUAAGGGACAGUGUCAAGAACACAUUUGGCUGUGGACCUACUACACUCAAUUAUUCUAUGUCCAACUAAUUAUUUCAAUGGGUUUACUUUGUCAAACUCCAACUUGGAGUUACUACAUGCUAGCAUUUCUGAUAUUUUCAGGAUAUGAUAUCCCAGUUAAUACUUACUUAUCUGGAUUUUUAACACACCUUUAACAAUGUCUUGAAAGGCAUGGUCAAAUAAUGGGGACACUUGUUUUGUGUCAAAAUGAGUAUUUUUCCUUCAUUUUAGAGUGAGUUUCUGCUAAGGCCAGUGUUUGAUCACAAUGAAAUAAAAUGACAUUUUGAACCAAAAAGCAUGACCAACAUUCAGAAUUAAAUUUCCCCUUACCCUGCAGGGCUGUCCAUUGGACGAAUACAGACACCAUACUCACCCUGGUUGUAGCUUGAAGUCUGAGCCCAUCCUCACAGAGCACAUGCUAGUUUUGGACCUCGGGGCACCAGGCUCAUAAUUUGAUUUCUAACUUAGCAGAGUUUAAUUCAUUUCCUCAGAUGGUGACGGCUGUGGAGAAAAAGGAAUUGCCUAUAUCAUCCUUUAUGAUAAUCGUGCCGGUUUAAUUCGCACACCCCAAGAGAGAAAAAUGCUGUUCAAAUUGUGCCAGACUUCAGCAAAUUACAGUCUCAGUUUGAGAGGUCAUUUAAAAUAGCAUAUAGUCCAAUUGUAAUGUUAAGCUCCAGCAAUUUUGAUUAUUUUGAUUCUCCACAUCAGUAUUGUGGGCCUAUUGGGUUCUGUACACCAUCAUCUCUGGGUAGUGUUCCUUUUUAGUUUGAAUUAGUGUCUUUUCAUUUACAUUUUAGUCAUUUAGCAGACGCUCUUAUCCAGAGCGACUUACAGGAGCAAUUAGGGUUAAGUGCCUUCCUCAAGGGCACAUCGACAGAUUUUUCACCUAGUCGGCUCGGGGAUUAGAACCAGCGACCUUUCAGUUACUGGCACAACGCUCUUAACCACUAAGCUACCUGCCGCCCCGAAAGGCAUAAACACAAAAUGUGACACUUACUGAAUAAUGAGACAGUAUUUCAGUUAAUGGUAAUCUACUAUGUGAAUAGCAGGUUGACGUUUAUUGUCAUGAAUCUUGCCCUGGAUGCAGAACUCAGACAUUUCCGCUAGAUGGGCCAGCUGC